GUCGUCAGCAAUAUGAAAAGCCGUCUUUUCGGUGUUCCAAUCUCUCACAGGGAAGGGAACACCGCGUGCCGCAGCGGAGGAGGACGAAGACGCGCCCCCGCGAUCGAUCUUUCUCCUCUCUCCUCUUCUCCUUCAAAAGGACUUUGUUUUAUGCUUUGACACUAGAGCACAAAGAAUCAACUCACAAGCAGUGAGAAGAAAAUCUAAUCUGCAACUAAAGUGCUAAAGAGUCACUUUUUUCAAGUUUCUUUCUUUUUCUGGUGAUUUUCUUUGUUGAGCCCAGAAGAUGUUGGAGAAAAUUGGGUUGCCGGAAAAACCAUCUAUGAGAGGUGGUAGUUGGGUGGUUGAUGCAUCCCACUGCCAGGGCUGUUCUUCUCAAUUUACCUUUAUCAAUAGGAAGCAUCACUGUCGUCGAUGUGGAGGCUUGUUUUGCAAUACUUGCACCCAGCAGAGGAUGGUUUUACGUGGACAAGGUGACUCACCUGUUCGAAUCUGUGAACCUUGUAAAAAGAUUGAGGAAGCAGCACGGUUCCAAUUGCGUCAUGGACACAAAGGUGGUUCUACAAAAGGUAGACCAAGAGAAGUCUCAAAACAGGAAGAAGAUGUUAUAAGUGAGAUUCUUGGUGCUGAUGGGAAGCAGCCUGUAAAAUCUGGAAAAGGGUCACAUGGUGCUAGUAUUUCUAACCUUCAUAGGUAUGAAACUAGUACUUCUCGUUCAAAUUUGAAGGACGUCUCGGCUAUUUUAGAGGAUGAUGGAGAUAUCAUUAGAAGCGUUUCUGUUGAAAAGCACGUUGCUUUGGACUCCACUACCCCGGAGGAGCUUCGCCAACAAUCUGUAGAGGAGAAGAACAAAUAUAAAGCCCUAAAGGCAGAAGGGAAAUCUGAGGAAGCACUUAAAGCGUUUAAGCGCAGCAAGGAGCUUGAGAGGCAAGCUGGAGCAUUGGAAAUCGCCAGAAGAAAGAGGAGCAAGAUGGCUUCUUCAAAGGCUUCUGUUUCACAUGUAGCGGAUAAUACACAGAACAGAGAUGAGAGCAAAGAACCAAGCAGUCAAAAGAACUUGGUCGCCAAAAAAGGUAAAGAGGAGAAGGUUGAUCUAGCAUCUGAACUUAGAGAAUUAGGCUGGUCAGAUGAAGACAUUCAUGUUGCUGAUAAAAAGCCAGAAAAGCUAAGUUUGGAGGGCGAGCUGUCAAACCUUAUUGGAGAAAUUAUGCCAAAGCCCUCCAAUGGUAGGAAAACAACUGCUAUAGACAAAUCUGAGGUUACCGCUCUUAAGAGAAAGGCUCUCACGCUGAAGCGAGAAGGGAAACUUGCUGAAGCGAAGGAAGAACUGAAGAGAGCUAAAAUAUUGGAAAAGCAGCUAGAAGAGCAAGAGCUUUUGGGAGAAGCUGAAGAGUCAGAUGAUGAGUUGUCAGUCCUGAUUCGUGGAAUGGAUGAUGACCCUCAGGAUGGACUCUUAAUGGAUGAUGCGAAAAUCCCAGCUGUCAAUUUUGAAGACAUUUUAGGUGCCUCGGAUGAUUUUGCCGUAGAUGGCAACUUUGAGGUGACGGAGGAUGACAUGAAUGACCCGGAUUUGGCCGCUGCUUUACAGUCAGUUGGUUGGGCUGAAGAUGAUCGUGAUGAACAAGCAGAUCAGGGAUCCUUGCAGGAAAAAGUGCUUACCCUCAAGAGAGAAGCACUUCUCCAGAAGCGAGCAGGCAAUGUUGUUGAGGCAAAAUCACUGCUUAAGGAAGCCAAAGAACUCGAAAGAGAUUUAGAAGCUACAAAAUCUGAUCCAAGGAAUUUAGGGACAGAAUCUAAACAGAAAUUCUCUCUUUCUCAAGUUUCUGAAACCUCGAAGGUCGUUGCUGAAUCAGUGGAUUUGUAUGUUAAGCCGGCACCAAAAAGUAAGAUGGCUAUUCAGAAGGAGCUUUUAGCUAUUAAGAAGAAGGCACUUGCGUUGAGAAGGGAAGGGAAGUUGAGUGAGGCAGAGGAAGAGCUGAAGAAAGGGAAAAUUCUCGAGCAACAAUUGGAAGAGAUGGAAAAUGCAUCUAAAAUACCAGUAACUAAAUCAGACAAGAAGAAUUUAGAGGCAAUUCCUGCGCAAGUAGAUUUUGCAGAGGAAGGAGUAGAGGCCCAGGUAACAGAUCAGGACAUGAAAGACCCAGCCUUACUAUCAGUAUUGAAAAAUUUGGGUUGGAAUGAAGAUGAUGAUGAAAAUGGUGAACCCCUGAGGAAUAAUCCUUUACAGAAUUCCCCUCCUGUAAUUUCUUGGAAGGCGACAAAAAGCAAAGGCGAAAUUCAGAAGGAAUUGCUGGCCUUGAAAAGAAAAGCCCUUGCAUUGAGACGUGAAGGGAGAACUGAAGAGGCCGAAGCAGAGCUUGAAAAGGCGAAGGUAUUGGAAAAACAAAUGGCAGAGAUGGAAGUUUCUAGCAAUACCAACUCUGGGGAGGAGGAACUACAUAGUUCUGGGCUUUUGGCUCCCCAAAAGAAACAUAAUAAUCAAGAAGCUGCUAAUCAAGGAGAAGUUGAAUCGCAUAUUUCUGGAAAGUCGGUUCUUCUUGCUGAAGAAAGUUCUCGAGAACAUUUAAUCCCAUCAAUUCAAUCAGGCCAAUCUUCAAACUUGUUAGAUGUUUUGGCUUUGAGCAGCGGAAAGACUGUACAAUCAUCUACUGAGGAAACUGUACAUAAAGAAACACAUCAAAGAAUCAAGUCUACUAAAGAAGAGAGAAUAGGUGGUGACAACGAAGUGCUGCUUCAGACAGCUCCAGAGUCCCAGCUGCUGCAGCAAAAAGAAGCUAUUGUUGCUGGUAUAAGGGAUAAGGUAGCAGCAGAAGUAGAAGAAAAGGUGACACAUGGCAAUGAGACCCUCAAGGAACAAAUACUAUCUCACAAAAGAAGGGCUGUUGCUCUAAAAAGAGAAGGGAAGUUGGCGGAAGCGCGAGAAGCACUCAGGCAGGCAAAGCUCUUAGAGAAGAGCUUGGAGGACGGGCAAGAAGCCAGUGUGGGUAAUAAAGAAGCCCCACCUUCUGCUUCUGUCGGCAGCCCUUCGUCAAUAAAGCAAGAUGUUGAGCCCAAACAAUCUCACAAGCCAAUUUCUUCCCGCGAUCGUUUCAAGAUCCAACAGGAGUCCCUCUCUCACAAGCGUAAUGCCCUGAAGCUGCGAAGAGAAGGAAAAGUGGCAGAAGCAGAAGCCGAGUUUGAACUAGCCAAAGCAUUAGAGAGCCAAUUAGAAGAAUCCGAAGCCCAAAGUUCAAGCAAAUCAGAGGUGGUCGAUGAUGCAGCUGUGGAGGAUCUGCUCGAUCCUCAACUCUUAUCUGCGUUAAAAUCUAUUGGUUGGCAAGAUUCUGAUAUUGUUGCUAAGCCUUCUGAGAAAGCAGAAGCUAAGCAGAGUGUUGCAAAGAGUGGAAACUCUAAUGUGGAGAGAAUUAAUCUUGGUAAUCCUAAUGUCGAGAGAACUAAUCUCGAAGAACAGAUUAAAGCUGAGAAGCUCCGAGCCCUAAACUUGAAAAGGGCUGGUAAGCAAGCAGAGGCUUUGGAAGCUCUUCGUGCAGCCAAGCGGCUCGAGAAGAAGCUUGCUUCCUUAGGUUAAUAUCUUGGACCAAUCCAAUCUGAGGCCGAAAUACGCUGCAUGCUGAUUUUAUGAUCCUCAUUUAUAUUGGCGGGAUGCUGGUCUGAGAAACCGUAACCCAAAAAGGAGUAAACAGAAGAAGCUUAUCUUCGUUGGUUAUAAAAUAAGUACUCCGUCAAUUCGUUGUAUGAAAUACCUGCAAGCAUCAUACGUACUUGAUAGCUAUUAUGAUUAUGGCAGUUUGUGUAUGAAAAUUUGAUCAAGAAUUUUUUUAAAAGAAAUGUGGGAACAGUGAUCACCCUUAUCACCCUCGAGUUUGUUGUUUUUUAUUUCGAAAGUAUAUCCAUCCUUGUCCUGUAUACUUAAAACCAAAUUCAGAGCUAUAGUUGAUGCAUUCUGUAAGUAUUUCACGUUUGAUAAUCAUCGAUGGUACAGUAUACUAUUAUCAGUA